CCCCCCUUUGCCCCACAGACAUCCCGAUUGCUGGAUGAACCUGCAGGUACACACACUCACUUAGUUACUUCCUCACAACCGUCAGCAACAUAAAACUCCAUCCACGGACCCUUUAUCCAUUCUUUUUCUCACUCAGCACCGUUUUUUCCAUCUCGGUUAUCUCCAUCGAGAAUCACCGCUCUUUUUCUUAUCCCCGUACAUUCAUUUCUCCCUUCGUGUACAUUUCCUCUAUAAGGUCGCCAGCUCGACCUACUUGCCUCACCUAGCUGUGACUGGCCUUGAGUUGAUAGUUGCCUACCAACAUCGUUACCCUCUGUGUGUUGUCCCCCGUCAAACGUCGCACACUCACGGCCGCAACUACAUCCAAUAUUUAUUGUCCAAGGGUGCAACUGAUCUCUCAUCAAAUUCGCAUCAUUCCUUCUGCGUCUUUGAUAGACUGCACGACCUGCUUCCCGUCUUGUCGCCGGUACACCCCAAUACGCAGCGCGUACAAACCCCCUUCGACAAUUUCAUUCAUUUCUGACAGUAUCAUCUGAUACGUCUCUUCCCUCCUUUGACUGGACUGCUGGCACCUUAACACUCCUUCAACGGAAAUCGUAACAAUUCUCGAAAGAAGAAUACAGAGCAUAACUUACAUAGUCAAAUCGACUACACUAAAAAUACCAUCUAGCACAUCAUUAACAAUCAUUGCAAUCACAAAGAUCGCCCAAGAUGCACGCCAAGCUUAGCAUUUUGGCGCUUGCCGCUGUAGCCUCAGUUCAGGAGGUCUGCGCUGGCCCUAUUCAUCGCCACAAGCACCCCAAGAAGGACAUCGUCUACGCAUACACCGACGUUGUCGUCGUUACUGAAUGGGUGACUCAUACUGUCAUUGCUGGUCAUGAACCUACUGAAGCGCCAGUUGUCGAGUCUCCCCCAAUCGUCCAGGCUCCUGCUGAUGCUCCCUCGGUCGAGAACCCCCCUCCGGCAAACCCUACCACUGAGAACCCUCCACCGCCGAGCACAUCUGCCGAGGCUCCUGCGCCUGAAACUCCGGCUCCAGAGAGUCCUCCUGCCCCAAGCCCUUCUUCUGAGAACCCUCCUCCUCCUCCCAGUUCGUCUGAGGCUCCUCCUCCCCCUCCAACUUCUUCGGAGGCCCCCCCGCCUCCUCCCCCUGAGACUCAGGCCCCUCCACCUCCCCCGGCCGAGACACCGCCCCCAGCUGAUCCCGCACCACCCGCGUCAACGGAAGCACCUGCUCCCCCGCCGCCUCCCCCUGCUCCCGCAGUCAGCAAGCGAGGUGCCGCGUACAACGACCCGAACCUUGUUAGCGCUAUGGUGAGCCAGACUGACAAGAUCUCAUGGGCGUACAACUGGGGAUCUGACUCUGGUGGAUUACAAGCCAAGAUUGCUUAUUACCCUAUGCUCUGGUCUCCCGCACCGGACCACUCUAACAACUGGGAUGAGAAGGCCGAAGCCGCUAUUGCCUCGGGAUCCGACAGUUUCCUCAGCUUCAACGAGCCUGAUAUCCCUAGUCAGGCUAACAUGUCUCCUCAGGAUGCUGCGAACGGUCACAAGCAAUUCAUGAACAAGUAUGCUGGUAGGGUCAAGAUCAGCUCGCCGGCCAUUUCCAGCAGCGAUAAUCCGGGCAUGGGUAUCGACUGGCUUAACCAGUUCUUUAAUGCAUGCGGCGGCCAAUGCCAAGUUGACUUCUGCGCUGCUCAUUGGUACGGACCUGGAGGUGAUAACGGCGCGAACCUUUUCCUGGACCACAUCAAGAAGGUUCACGACGCUUGCCAGGGCAAACCCGUUUGGGUUACCGAGUUCGCGGCAACGGAUGGCGACAUCGACCAAUUCAUGAGAUCCGUCACCCAGGGACUGGACAGCGACGAGUUUAGUUUCGUCGAGAAGUACUCGUAUUUCAUGGUGAACCAGGGCAGCCUCAUGUCUUCGCCAACGGACUUGAGCUCAUUCGGCAGAAUCUUUGCAGGCAUCUAAGACAACUCCGUUGAGGGAUACUGUUUCUAUUCUUUUAUCACUUUUGUUUUAGGUGGGGUUUAGGUUUUAGGGGCAAGGGAUUUUGCAUUGCGAGGGAACACAAAACGUCGGCAUUUCACUUCUUUGUACAUACUUCGACUGGUUUUACCGGUUGAGCCGCUGGAUAUCCAUCUGGAUCUGCUUUGCUUUGCUAGGUUGUAAACAUGCGCGAAAGGAUAUCUUAGGAUCGUGGCAGAUUCAUGAAGAUACGAAUAACAACGAAUUGAAAUUCAUCCAAGUAUUGUGUUGCAGUAGCAUAUUUAUUGUAUUGUCGUCUCGCAGGUGUAAUGUGUUGUCUUAUGGCUGUACGCAACUCUAGUACAUACCUGUCUAGGUAGAUAGGUUAAGUACCUAUUAAGCUAUGCUUUGCUAACGAAUCGAUUACUCAGCUUGAGUAAAUCGUCUAAAACCUUCAAUUAACUAAAUCAUCCCAAUUGAAGAGAUGCUCAAGUAGAAUGUUGGGGGGUUGUGACGUAAUUCCAAACUCAUAAGGGAGCUAGAUAGGCAGAGGAGGAACUCUACUGUUGGGUUCCCUUCACCCGCGCCAUUUAUAUGCGAACUAUUAAACAUUACUAUAACUAACUACCUAGGUUAACCUACUUAACAUAUAUAACCCCGAGGCUACAAUAUAAACACGGAACCAGG